AAGCGGUUACAACGCACUGAAAGUGAUAAGAGAGUUACAGGCUCAAAUUGCAGAACUCCAGGAGGAUCUCGAAUCUGAGAAGGCAUCGCGCAACAAGGCGGAAAAGCAGAAAAGAGAUUUAAGUGAAGAGUUGGAGGCUUUAAAAACUGAACUGGAAGAUACCUUGGAUACCACUGCAGCACAGCAAGAGCUGAGGACAAAGAGAGAGCAGGAGGUGGCUGAACUGAAGAAAGCAAUUGAAGAGGAAACCAAAAAUCAUGAAGCACAGAUCCAGGAGAUCAGGCAGAGGCAUGCUACUGCCCUGGAAGAGCUCUCUGAACAACUUGAACAGGCCAAAAGGUUCAAAGCAAAUCUUGAGAAAAACAAGCAAGGCUUAGAGUCGGACAACAAGGAGUUAGCCUGUGAAGUGAAGGUACUGCAGCAGGUCAAGGCAGAGUCUGAACAUAAGAGGAAGAAGCUUGAUGCUCAGGUACAAGAGCUAACUGCUAAGGUCACAGAAGGAGAAAGACUGAGGGUGGAACUGGCGGAGAAAGCUAACAAGCUGCAGAACGAGUUGGAUAAUGUCUCAAGUCUCCUGGAGGAAGCAGAGAAGAAAGGCAUCAAGUUUGCCAAGGAUGCGGCUAGUUUGGAAUCUCAGCUUCAGGAUACACAGGAGCUGCUGCAGGAAGAAACCCGCCAGAAACUCAACCUGAGCAGUAGGAUUAGGCAGCUGGAAGAGGAGAAGAACAACCUGCAAGAGCAGCAGGAAGAGGAAGAAGAGGCCAGAAAGAACUUGGAGAAACAGAUGCUCGCCUUGCAGUCACAGUUGGCUGAUGCUAAGAAAAAGGUAGAUGACGACUUGGGAACCAUUGAAGGCUUGGAGGAAAAUAAGAAGAAAUUAUUGAAGGACAUGGAGUCCUUAAGCCAACGCCUAGAGGAGAAGGCAAUGGCUUAUGACAAACUGGAAAAGACAAAGAAUCGCCUGCAGCAAGAGCUGGAUGACUUGAUGGUAGAUCUAGAUCAUCAGCGCCAGAUUGUUUCUAACUUGGAGAAAAAGCAGAAGAAGUUUGAUCAGAUGCUGGCAGAAGAAAAGAACAUUUCUGCCAGAUAUGCAGAGGAAAGAGAUCGUGCUGAAGCAGAAGCAAGGGAGAAGGAAACCAAGGCACUCUCUCUGGCUCGGGCUUUGGAAGAAGCCCUGGAAGCCAAGGAAGAAUUUGAAAGGCAGAACAAACAGUUGCGUACAGAUAUGGAAGAUUUAAUGAGCUCUAAAGACGAUGUGGGCAAAAAUGUCCAUGAACUGGAGAAGUCAAAGAGAACUUUAGAGCAACAAGUUGAAGAGAUGAGGACUCAGCUUGAGGAACUGGAAGACGAACUGCAGGCCACAGAAGACGCUAAGCUUCGUUUGGAGGUGAACAUGCAAGCAAUGAAAGCCCAGUUUGAGAGAGAUCUGCAAGCCAGAGAUGAACAGAACGAAGAGAAGAAGAGGAUGCUGGUUAAGCAGGUGCGAGAGCUGGAGGCAGAACUGGAAGAUGAGCGCAAACAGAGGGCUCUUGCUGUGGCAGCCAAGAAGAAAAUGGAGAUGGAUCUGAAAGACCUGGAAGGUCAGAUAGAAGCUGCAAACAAGGCUCGAGAUGAAGCAAUCAAACAGCUACGUAAGCUGCAGGCUCAAAUGAAAGACUACCAGCGGGAGCUGGAAGAAGCUCGUGCAUCCAGAGAUGAGAUCUUUGCACAGUCUAAAGAGAGUGAAAAGAAGCUCAAAGGUCUUGAAGCAGAAAUACUCCAACUGCAAGAGGAGUUUGCUGCGUCGGAAAGAGCCCGUCGUCAUGCUGAGCAAGAAAGGGAUGAGCUGGCUGAUGAGAUUGCAAACAGUGCUUCAGGAAAGUCAGCGCUGCUGGACGAGAAGCGCCGGCUGGAAGCUCGUAUUGCACAGUUGGAGGAAGAGCUUGAGGAAGAGCAGAGCAACAUGGAGCUUCUCAAUGAGCGAUUCCGAAAGACCACGCUGCAGGUUGACACGCUUAAUUCUGAGCUAGCUGGGGAGCGGAGCGCUGCCCAGAAGAGUGAAAAUGCCCGGCAGCAGCUGGAAAGGCAGAACAAAGAGCUGAAAGCCAAGCUGCAGGAACUGGAGGGAUCUGUGAAGUCCAAGUUCAAGGCAACAAUUUCUACCCUAGAAGCCAAGAUUGUGCAGCUAGAAGAACAGCUUGAGCAGGAAGCCAAGUAAGGAGAAAAAAGGAAAAAAAUAAUCUGUUUGUCUGUUUGCUUUGUCAGUUCAAAAUUGAAAGAAGUCUUCAUGCAGGUGGAGGAUGAGCGUCGGCACGCAGACCAGUACAAGGAGCAGAUGGAAAAGGCAAAUGCCAGAAUGAAGCAGCUCAAACGCCAGCUGGAGGAGGCUGAGGAGGAAGCCACACGCGCAAAUGCUUCCCGACGUAAACUUCAGCGUGAGCUGGACGAUGCCACAGAGGCCAACGAGGGCCUGAGCCGGGAGGUCAGCACCCUGAAGAACAGGCUAAGGAGGGGAGGCCCCAUCACCUUCUCCUCCAGUCGAUCUGGGAGGCGCCAGCUGCACAUCGAAGGGGCCUCUCUGGAGCUCUCGGACGACGACGCGGAGAGCAAAGGCAGCGACGUGAACGAAGCGCAGCCGGCCCCUGCUGAGUAGAGCCCCGUCACACUGUUGCAUGCAGAGACCUUUUCCAGGACAGUCGGCAGAAGGAGGAGGACUUUCCUGACCACCGAACUGCCUUGUGGCCCUAAAUCUGCCUUAUGAAAUGUUGGCAUGCUACAAGGUUACUUACCAUAGGUCAACUAUGUCUUAAGGCUCUCCAGCCUCACCAUGCUGUACCCUGCUUCAGAUAUAGGUACAACUGCUUUUUUAUAUCUAGUAAACAAAAUGGGAUCGUCUCUGUUCAAUGCAUCUAUUUUCCAGAUUGUUCUCAUCAUAAAGCCAUUUUAUAAAAGCAUCAUGUGAAGGAUGAAACUUU